GCCUCCCAGGUGAGCAUCUUCAGUGGGGUGUGGAGCUGUGCUGGUGUGAAGCCCCUUCCUCCUCCAAGAGCCAGAGCUCCCUGCUCCUCCUGCAGCCUCACAGGAGAAAACUCGGAGUUUCAGCGUUCCCCUGCAGCCAUGGGAGGUGUUUUUGGGAAGAACAAGAGGCCCUGUGUGUGCCCCAGGGUGGUUUUCAGGGCCAAGGGCAGGAGGACGGCGCGGGUGUGCUGCGAUGCAGCCACCUGGACUGGGGAGGGCCGCUUCUACUCCGCGCGCGUCGGGAGGGGCCCGAGGCGCCCCGAGCCUCCUGCUGCCACAAUGGUGCUGGAAGCUUCUGGAAGUGAACUCGGAGAGGAGGAAGGAGGCUCGGAUUCCUCUCCCAGGGCACAGCACAGCGAGGCCUCAGCCCCUGUGGCUGCUGGAGACACAGAAGGGGCUGAGCUGUCCCAGGAGCUUGAAGUCAAACCUCACCUAGAGCUGCUGGAACGCCAGGAACUCACUGGAGAGACACAAAGAUCCCAAAAUCCCCAGGCCAGCAGUGAGGCUGAAGCUGCUCUGCAUCCCCCUGGCAGCUCUUUGUCCCCUGAGCCCCGCCGUGGGGAGCAGGGGGUGACGCCUCCCACUCGCACCACAGUGGAGGUUGAUGUCCACGUGUCUGCUGACCACGGGGAGCCUGCCCAGGGCCAGGCUGAUGCAAAACCCGAGCUGCUGAGGGGUGCAGGGCAGGAGGCCGGGGCUGGCGGUGCUGCAGAGGACACCUGUGUUGGGAAGGCUCUUUGGGAGGUGCCCAUGCAGGAGGCAGGUGACACCACAGAUGAUUCGUGUCCCCUGGAGGAGCCAGAGCUGGCCAUGAAGGCUGCAGAGCCAGGAGAGGACAUGACAGAUGGGCAGAGAGCUGCACGAGAGCAGGGGGGAGAAGGAACUGAAGGCCCACCUGAUGUCCAGCUGGGACAAGGUGAGAUUGGUGCUCCUGAAGGUGUGGAAGGAACUGCUGGUGGGGCAGGGCAAGCUGAAGAGAUGGCUGAGCCCUGUGGUGAUGGGCAGAGAGCAGAGGAGAGCCCAGCCUGCCUGCCAGAAACCCAGCAGGACGAGGAGAAAAUCGAAAUUAGCAGUGAGGGAGAACAAGAGGAGCACUGAAGGAGCACCCUGAGGGUUUGUCUGCAGCCAGAGCUGAGCCUGCUGCCUCCACCCUGCUGCCUCCACCCUGCCGCAUGGGGCUUGUGCUCCAAAGGACCCAGAAAUCAGGGUGGUGGUGGCAGAACCUGCUUUGAAAAAGUGAAAACUACAAUGCUAAACUUAAAAUUUGCUCUGCAAGUGGCACUGCCCUCCUUUCUCUGCUGGGAGUGUGGGCAUGGGCUGCUUCAUGGUACAGCAAGUGUAUUUAUGUAUUUAUUUAUGUAUUUAUUCCCUGGCUAGGGCUGUGCACUUCAUGGGUAUCUCCCUGUGUGUGGCUGCACAGGGUUAAGUGAUGUCUAAUUUAUUAAUUACACUUGUCCUCUCACCCCACUGACUUGUCACCACUAUUGGAAAUGCAUUGUGUGAUGUCUGUUGCAAUUGGAAUCAAUAAAUGUUAAAUCAUUUUAACACUGCUAUGAAAUGUUGGGUUAAUAAUAUUCUGAUAAUUCAUUUCUGAUAUUUGCAUUGACUCCAAUGCCAGAACUGAUGUUUUUACCCUUUUCAGCUGGUAAAGUGUUUGGUAAAAUGCUGAGUGUUGAUAGCAGUGGCCUCAGAAUGAAAGCUGCUCCUUCCCUGGUGAUUUCCUUGCAGUUCUUGGAGCACCAACUGGGCUUGCUGUGCUUAGACCAAAUAAAAUGAAAGAUGAAAAGCUAAA